UGGACAAACUACGAACGUCAACAUAAAUUCAAAAAAAUUAUGUAUAUUUAUUUACAUAAUAGUUUUUAAAAUAUUUUUGUAUUCCUUUUAGUUUUCCCCAAAAUGAACUUUCGUUGUUGUUGAUAUUUGUGACCAUAUUGUACCUAUUUAGAAAUAUUUAAAGCAUUGAAUUGCAAUAAAAAUAUUGCUUUUAUUCUUAAAUUCUUCUUAUGAUGGUUUACCAUUACAAUUGCGAAGCAUUAAAAACAUGUGUCACAUACUUCGAGUGAUUUUAUACAAGCUAUGGAUUGUAGCAGCGUUUAUUUUGCUUUCUAGUGUUAUAACGUAUUGGUUUUAUGGCUUUGCAAUCGCUGCCCUCGUGUUCAUUUUAGGAGUAUCUGGUAUCCUUUACAAUGCUCAAGAUUUAUUACUGUAUUACCCUAAUGACCCACCAGAUUCAAGAGCUUUUGUCCUACAACCGAGUAAUUAUAAAUUGCCUUAUGAAAGUAUCAAAAUAAAGAGUAAAGAUGGAGUAAAAAUACAUAUGUUUUUAAUUAAGCAGCCAACAAAUAGCAAUCACAUACCUACAAUGAUUUUCUUUCAUGGGAACGCUGGUAACAUGGGGCAGAGAUUAGCAAAUGUGUCUGGGUUUUAUCAUAAGUUGAGCAUAAACAUUCUAAUGGUGGAAUAUAGAGGCUAUGGUCUCUCUGAGGGCAUGCCAUCAGAGCAAGGGCUAUAUAUAGAUGCACAAACUGCCUUUGAUUAUAUCAUGCAAAGAAGUGAUAUUGACCGUGGAAAAAUAUUAUUGUUUGGAAGGUCUUUAGGUGGAGCUAUUGCUAUAGAUCUGGCAUCCAGAUUGGAAAACAGGAAUAAAGUAUGGGCUUUGGUUGUUGAAAAUACUUUUACAAGUAUUCCUGAUAUGGCUAAAAUUUAUUUGAAAUGGAAGUGUCUCUUGUGGUUGCCCCAAUUCUGUCACAAAAACAAGUAUUUGUCGCUAAAGAAGAUAGGUCAGGUAUUAACACCGACUUUGGUGAUAUGCGGCACGAAAGACGGGUUAGUUCCGCCGCGAAUGGCCAAAGAGUUGUACCACAGGUGUGGUGCGGUUUGCAAGAAGCUAGCCGAGCUGCCAGGAGGUGGACACGACGACACAUGGACGUGUAGAGACUAUUACACCAAUAUACAACAAUUCCUUGUCAAUGUCCCACCUCUACCAGAUAAUAUAGCAACGUUUUUCGACAACGAAGACAAAAACCACAAGAUUGUGCACAUAGUAUAGCAUAACGUUAUUUUUCUAUAAACUUUCUCGCCAACAAAUCCCAGUGAUAGUAGGUUAUACGAUAAUGGUGUGAUCAUUUGUACAAAUCGCGUUUUUUGCCUGUUCGGAAUUAUUAGCUGUAGCUCGUAGAAUUUAUAAAUGACUUAAAUUAUUGGCAUAUUAUGCUAGCACAAUAUUUUAUUGAAGUCAUUUUGCUACUGUUAUUUUAAUAUUGUUCAGAGUGAUGUACAUGAAGUAUAUUUUUUAAUACUUUAUAUAAUUGUGUACUCCACUCUGGAGCCAUUUUAUACAUUCCAAGUCUAUCCUGUUUUUAAGACAUAAACAUUAUUGAUUUGGAAAUUUAACUUAUUGUUACAUUUAAGAUUGUUAAAUUUUAUGAAAUACAUUUCUCUUAGCAAAGUCCUCAUAUUAAGCAUGACUUUAAUGUCGUCGUAAGAGCAAUAAUUCGAAAUUUAAUAUCAAAAGGAGAUUUUUUAAACAUCAUAAUAUAUUAUAGCAAAAGCAUGAUGUUUAAAUUUAAAACCUAUAGGUAUUUGAUUUCACGAAUUGCAAUAUUCACAGUAGUGAAAAUAUUUUGUAGAAGGAAGUAUUUUCAUUGUAUGUACUUCGUAUGCGCUUUAUAUUCGAGAAAUCAUAAUUGAAGAGAAAAUAUUGUAAAAUGCCUUAUUGUAAAAGUAUCGGAAAUAUGUCAGUGCCCUCUUGUAUAAGGCUGUGUUCUAACUCGGCAAGUGAGAAAUAUCUGUUGUCUAAUCAGCUAAUAAUAACACUUAUUCUCAAUAUUCUAAAACACAAAAAUAUAAUUGAACGAGAAAGGAUAUCGACGUUUUGCAGUUGUAUAGUUUGUUAUAAAGGUUAAUCAAUUAAUCCGUAAGGGAAACACAACAUACUCUGAUUUUAAAAAGAUUACAUGGUAGGUUGACGUUUGCCUAGUGAGAGCACACCCUGAAUAAAAUGCAUAAUAUUUUACUCUAUUUAUAUUGUAUCGAUGUUGGUAAAAUUAAAGCAAUAUAUUAUUAUUAUUAUAGCACAUAAAAAUGUAAGAAAAAUAAAUAAUUAGGAAUGGCUAUUGCUAUAUUAGAAGUAAUUCAAUAAUCAGAUUCCUAAUAGCACUUUAAUAAAUAGAAUUCCUAUAAUUGUUAUCACAAUUUUCCAUCCAAUAUUCUAAAUUCUAGGUAAUGUCUUUAUAUCACCAUAUUUCAUGUUAGUUAAGGAAUUUAUUUAUUUAUUUAAGUUUUGGUUAACAUAGAUCUUAGAUAGCUAGUUGAUGCUUUUUAAUUCUAUACAAUAUUUUUACAUUAGAUCAAUAGUUAUUAAUAUGUAUAUCAGACUAAUUCGAUUGUCUCGACAUCAUUAAACUAUUUUUGUUGUUUGUUUUUGAAGAAAAUAGUAGUCAUUAUAUUAUGCUUUAUCGCCUUAUACUGGCGACACCGUAACCACACAGGCAAUAGAUUUAUAUGAAACUCGUAUACUUAGCACAAAGUACGUUAUUAUUUUCUAGUUAGUCAAUUAGAGAUUAUAGAUUUGUAUGAUAUUGAAAAUAUUUUUGUAAGCCUUUUAGUUCUCAAGCUGCUCGUAAAUCAUUAUUUGUACCUUCUAUUACCGUCCGUGGAAUAUUAAAACAAAACUCAAGUAAGCAAUACAACACAAAGCAACGGUGGCUGUGAACGAGCCGAAAUCAUCAUAGUACAAAAAAAAAGAAGAAAAUCUGAAACAUGAUAAAAUCGUAAAUGCGCGCUUAUUGUACAAUAUUUUAUAAUUGUUGUAAAUCUCUGUACAUUGCAUUUGCAUUAUUAUAAUUAUAAAGAGGUUUAGAUU